AGCGCCAGUGCGCCAAUGACAAGAUCCAGCCGACGGAAGCGGAAAAUAAAUGGGCGGGUGCGCCAAUGAACUGAAAAUGCAGCAGAGCGGAGGCGGUGGCAUGGGGAAUAGGGGGAAACCGAGGGGGGGAAUGAUGGGUAUGGGGGACAUCUGACAGAGGCUGCGAUUGGUGCGUCGGAGCUGGAAACCCGAGAAAGAAAAUUCGCUUUUGUCGUCCGGAUUUCGCAAGAGCAAUGGAUGGCCAGGAAGAGAGAGCGAACGGUACACCAUUCGGCGAAUCUUUGGAGAGAAAUGCCUAGUGUCCCGGAAAAAUGGCAGCGACCAAUCAGACUCCAAAGAACAUGGAUCUGAGAACAUGGAAAGGCAUGUCAUCAUUGCUUCCUUUUGCCGAUGUGCACCGAUUCACCGGCAAGGGGGAAGAUGUUUAGGCUGACGUGUCCCUCACUUGAGAUAUAUCAUUUCAUGUUUCGCACAUCUUAUUCCAAAAUCGCAUCAUAGUAAUCCGCUAAGCUAAGAACGCUCAAAUGGCGGACCAUUUGUGUCCGCCAUGGGCGCACGUGUGCCACGUGCUCCAAUCGCUCGAGCAGCGCCGCGCAAACAGCGUCGUCACCGUCGACGACGACAGCGGUGCGACGCUCACCGGGUCGCAAUUGGUCGCUGACGUCGCAUGCCUGGCCAGAGGGCUGGAGAUUCUCUGCGGCGUCGCGCCGGGAGAUCGCGUCUGCAUUGCCGCGCUCAAUAGCUCGGCGUACGUGCAAUGGCUGCUGGCGGUGCCGGCUAUGGGCGCCAUCCUUGCACCUCUCAACCACCGAUGGAGCCUGGGGGAAGCAGCAUCAGCGGUGCAACAGGUGGGGGCGACAGUGCUGGUGGUGGACGCACACAUGCUGCCAUGGUGGGGCAAGCUGCGGCCUCUCUGCCCCUCGCUGCGACUGGGGGUGGUUGUGGGUGUUUGCGAUAGCAGCGUGCACGGCUGGUGUCAAUCUGGGGAACACAGCUCGUGUCCAUCUGAGGAACACGGAUCGUGUCGAUCUAAGGAGCACAACUCGCCGUUGUUGCCCACACUUAUCCCAAUGAAUGCCCUCAUUCAAGCUGGCAGGCUGGCGAUAAGCGAAGCUGGGGGCAUCGUCCAAUGUAGAGGGGUCACCACUCGGCAUGCGACACCCUGGCCUCCUGCUACCUCUACCUGCCCUCCGGCUGCCUCCUCCUCCUUCCUCCACCACCUCCCCCUGCGCUCCUCCCCCCAGCAAAUUGCUCUCCUCUGCUUUACUUCAGGCACCACGGGUACUCCCAAGGCGGCAGCCCUGUCCCAUACGGCGCUCAUCACACAGUCCAUGGCCAAGAUGGCAUGCGCUGGGUACAAGCACGAUGAUACCUUUCUUCACGUGGCUCCUCUAUGCCACAUCGGCGGCAUCUCCUCCCUCCUCGCCAUGCUAAUGGCAUGUGCUCGCAACAUACUCGUGCCUCGCUUUCUCCCCCACCACCUCCCUCGCCUCCUCUCCCUCCACCGCAUCACAGCCCUUAUAGCCGUGCCAGCAAUGCUUACAGACCUAGUGGGCACUUGCAGUGGCAAGCAGCCAGGGGCACCAGCCCCGACCUUCCCUCUCGUGCGCACGCUACUGGUGGGGGGAGGAGCCAUGAGCCAGUCAUUGCAGCGCCAGGUGGAGGCUCUCUUCCCCUGCGCCCAACUCAUGAUCGCAUACGGCAUGACAGAAGCAGCCUCCUCCAUCACCUUUGCCACACUGAGAGACCCAGCAGCUGCAGCGACUUGUGGGUCAUCACCCACACCAACGUCAACAGCAUCACCAGCAUCAUCGCCACCACCACCACCACCACCACCACCACCGCCACCACCACCACCACCACCAGCGGCAUCAUCAUCAUCAUCAUCUCCUUGCUUUGUUGGCUUCCCCGCUCCUCACGUUCAAGUCCGCAUUGCCCCCCUUCCUCCGGAGGACCCUCACCCUCCCCGCUCUCAUGACAACCCUCACUCUCCCCUCCCCCAUCCAGACUUGCACUCCUCCCUUCCUCCCACCGACCAAUCAUCACCUGAUCACAGGAACCCUUCAGCUCACAUGCCUUGUCCUGUAGUGGGGGAGGUGCUAACCCGCGGCCCGCAUGUGAUGGGUGGGUACUGGGGCAGGCCAGAAGAAACCUCCGCUGCCCUCUCCCCAGACGGCUGGCUGCAUACAGGAGACAUGGGCUGGAUCGAUUUUUCUGGGCAGCUUUGGCUGCUGGGCAGGCGGAAGGAAAUGAUAAAGUCGGGGGGGGAGAAUGUUUUUUGCGCUGAGGUGGAAGAGGCAGUGAGGGCACACCCUGCAGUGGCGGCAGCAGCAGCGGCGGGGGUGCCGGAUGAAAGAAUGGGCGAGGCUGUUUCCGUGCUGCUGGUGCUGAAACCGGGAUGGGAGUGGGCGGGAGAUGGGGCUAGCUGUGAUGGCGGUGAUGGUAACGAUGGCAGUGCGACAAGGGCUAAGCGCGUGUCGUUGACUGACUUGCAUGCUGCCUGCCAGCAGCAUGGUCUUUCCAGGUACAAGCUGCCUAGAGUGGCAGUGGCCCUGCCUCAAGGGCAAUCAUUACCAGUGACAGCUCUAGGCAAGGUGAAGCGGGCAGCUGUUAGAGACGCCAUUGUCACAGCCAUGCAGUGCGGCGGGCAGAGUGCAAGAGCCAGGCUGUGAUCACGUGCAUGGUUGAGUAACUUGGCGACAAGGGCAAUCAUUGCCGGUCACAGCUCUUGGCAAGGUGAAGUGAGCAGCGGUUAGAGACGCCACUGUUACAGCCAUGCAGUGCGGCGGGCAGAGAGCACGAGCCAGGCUGUGAUCACUGAUGAUCAUUGUGCACAACGUAUUAGCUUGGCCACAAGGGCAAUGAAUGAUCCCAGUCAGCUCUAGGUGUGGUGAAGCGAGUACCCGUCAGAGGCGCCACGCUGUGCAGGGGGCAGAGAGAGAGAGCACAAGCCAGACCCUGAUCACGCCCACAAGAGCAGUCACUGCCAGUGACAGCUCUACGCAAGGUGAAGCGAGCAGCUGUUAGAGAUGUGAUAGUAAAAAAACCAUGGACAGUACUAGUGGUGAACCACCUAGAAUCAAAGCUAAAUUGUUUUCAAGUGUAGUAGCUUGAUGGUAGCAGUCACUACCAAGUAUGGAUGAAGAAUGAGGAAUGAGGUGCAAGAGAAUCAAUGUGGGGGAAAGUU